GGUGAUAUCCAGCAGCUCCUGAUCGUGGGGGACCCACGUGCAGCUUACGAUUACUGUGACCAUUACAGCCCCGACUGUAACACUCCCCUGCCCCACCUACCUCAGGCUCAGGAACCACAGGUCACACAGCUCCCUCCAGACGUGACGCCAGACGACGGCUACGGUUAUUACGGUGCCGACUAUGUAGAGUACGGCACCGAGCCGGCACAGGAGGAACGGCAUGGGGCAGAUACACCUGGCCAGGAAGUCAACAAUGUGUUGCCAGAACAGACGGCGGAGGAGUACUACUACGAGACGUAUGAGGGCACGACCAGCUCUUCAGCGGCCAGUGAGAGGGCCAACCAGAGGGAGGAGACUGGCAACGAGGAGGAGGAGGAGGAGGAGGAGUAUACAGAGUACCUGACCGAAGACCACAGCGAGUAUUACCCUGACCAAGCUGCUGCAGGAAACCAGCACAACCUCAACCAACCUCAACCCACACAGUACCGUGUCAAAGGGCAGCAUCCAGAAGGCCUUGACCCCAAAGGCCUUGACCCCGAAGGCCAUGACCCCAAAGGCCUUGACCUUGAUAAGCCUAACCCCAAUGAAUAUGACCCCAAAGAGUAUGACCCCAAUGAAUAUGACCCCAAUGAAUAUGACCCCAAAGAGUAUGAUCCCAAAGAGUAUGACCCCAAUGAAUAUGACCCCAAAGAGUAUGACCCCAAAGAGUAUGACCCCACUGGACAGGGCCCUAAUGGACACCAGCCCAAGGAGUCUGAGGCAGAGGGUCGAGAUGUAAAAGGUUCUUCUGCCAAAGGAGCUGGUGACAAUGAGGAGGACUUUAAGGCCUACGAUGUUGAAUAUGACCCCAGUGAAAAUGGCCCUAAUCAAGUGGAAGAGGAAUAUUAUUACGAGUAUACUGAAUACGAGGACAACAGCCCAGUGGACUCAUCCACCGAGGAUGUUGGUCCAGGGGUGGCAGCCGAAACAAGUGGUCUGGCAGGUUCCCCGGGCCUGACGGGAUCUUCCGGGCCUCAAGGUGACCCUGGACCCAGAAUCUCCAUGAGAGGUCCACCCGGUCCGAUGGGAUUGACCGGGAGGUCUGGUCCUGUGGGAAUCCCGGGCAGUCUGGGUCUGAAGGGUGACUCCGGUGACACCGGCCCCCAGGGUCCGCGUGGAAUCCAGGGAAUGACGGGCUCCAUCGGGAGGUUCGGAAAGAGGGGACGACAGGGAGCAGACGGUUCCCGGGGAAUGCCGGGAGAAACCGGAGGCAAGGGGGACCGUGGUUUUGAUGGUUUGCCCGGACUUCCCGGAGAGAAAGGCAAUCGGCGCUCGGCAAUACCGGGAGGUCUCACCAAGCAGAGAGCCAGUGCCGUGAGUUGUGCCGAUGUUCACCACACUCACGCUCGCCGGCAGAGGGUGACGGCUCGGGGAGAGACAGGAGGGCAGGGACCGCCGGGAACCACAGGAGAGGAUGGCGUGAGGGGAGACGACGGAGAGAUCGGGCCACGUGGACUGUCCGGAGAAUCUGGUUUUCCAGGGGGCUGCUCGGACCACGAGGGUCACCUGGACCAUCCGGACAACCCGUACGUCACAGAACCUCCAUCAGGGAGGGGUAGUUCGGGACUGGACGGACCACAGGGGUCCAAGGGGAACAUGGGCCCACAAGGAGAGCCGGGACCAGCCGGGCAGCAGGGAGUCCCCGGCACCCAGGGUCUCCCUGGACCGCAGGGCACGAUCGGACAGCCGGGAGUGAAGGGGCCGCAGGGCAAGGCUGGACUGGCCGGACUCCGCGGAGCUGAUGGACCUCCAGGACACCCUGGAAAAGAGGGGCCGCCAGGAGAGAAGGGAUCUCAGCGGAUGCUCAUCAAGGUGCAAGGAUACAACUUCACCAUAGAGCACAGACCUGGGGCAGAGAUGAUCGUUGCUGACAUUCUCGGCAGACUGCCCAACCCACAGAAGACAGAGCAUAGAUCUCGAUCCGCGCCGGGCGAUUAUGCAAGGCCCCAGCUCCAGGUAAUAUUCAAACCCCGCAACUCGGCGGUGAAGUCGCCGUUGCGGAAGACCCCCGAAAAGCGGUCCUCUCAGCAGGGACCUCUCGGGCUCCCGGUGUUUACUGUCUGCCAGACCUGCGGUAAACCCUCCGAAUAUAUCUCUCGGGCCACAGCCUCGCCCCCCUCACAAGCUCCACCCCCUCCGAACUCUAUGGUGAGACUGGACUUCACGGACACCGGGGAUAGGACGGGCCCGAGGGGCCAAAGGGCCGGUCAGGACCCUCAGGAGACGCCCCAUCCAGUGGACCCAUUCGGGAGAAUGUGGGGAUGGGAUUCUCACCAGCAAUGGGGGGAAAGCUGGGAGUUCCCGGACUGCCGGGAUAUCCGGGCCGACAGGGGCCAAAGGGAUCAACCGGAUUCCUCGGAUUCCCCGGCUCCAACGGCGAGAAAGGAGCAAGGGGCGCCCACGGGAAGGCAGGACCCAGAGGUCAGCGCGGACCAACGGGGCCACGUGGAGGUCGGGGACCGAGGGGUCCCACGGGAAAACCAGGAACAAAGGGCCCCGCGGGUAAGGACGGAUUGCCCGGCCACCCCGGACAGCGCGGAGAGACGAGUCAGCCCAGUCGAGGGAGAAAGCCGGCCGCGUGAGAAGCGGACCAGCAGCGGAAAAAACAAGCCCGGCCACGCGAGAGAAGUGGACCGGCCGUGCGAGAAAGCCCGGUCGCAAGAGACGGCCGUGAGCAGAGAGAGCCCAGUCGGGAGCAGAGUCAGCCCGACUGGUGUCCACGGAGCCAGCGACGAGCCGAGCAACGGGUCCAGUGGAGAGCAGCGGGAGGGCUGUGGAGACAGCGGGCAGGCAAGUCAGCAGAGCAGCAGUAGUCGACUUGGCAUUGAGCCAGUGGCAGCAAAAGUAACGGUGAAGCCCGGAGGAGCCAGCAAACAGAAAGCAGCAAAAGUGGAGGUCUGA